AUGAAAACAUCUACUUUCAUUCACCAUUCCUCCUACAAAUUCCUGAAUAACAACAUCACUACAACAUCACUUUCACCAGAAUUCCACAAGAUCACAACAUCACUUUCAAUCCCAUUCCUCCUUCCAAUUCCACCAGAUGAACAACAUCACUUUCAAUCAUUCCUCCUUCCAAUUCAGAUAGUAAACAUCACUUUCAACAUCAUUCCUUUCAAUUCCUCCUUUCAAUUCCACCAGAUUCCACCAGAUAGACAACAUCACUUUCAAUCACCAUUCCUCCUUCCAAUUCCACCAGAUAGCAAACAUCACUUUCAAUCACCAUUCCUCCUUCCAAUUCCACCAGAUAGACAACAUCACUUUCAAUCACCAUUCCUCCUUCCAAUUCCACCAGAUAGACAACAUCACUUUCAAUCACCAUUCCUCCUUCCAAUUCCACCAGAUAGACAACAUCACUUUCAAUCACCAUUCCUCCUUCCAAUUCCACCAGAUAGACAACAUCACAACAUCAUUCCUCCUUCAAUUCCACCAGAUUCCUCCAAUCACCAUUUCCUCCUUCUAAUUCCACCAGAUAGACAACAUCACUUUCAAUCACCAUUCCUCCUUCCAAUUCCACCAGAUAGACAACAUCACUUUCAAUCACCAUUCCUCCUUCAAUUCCACCAGAUAGACAACAACUUUUCACACAAUUCACCAGAUAGACAACAUCACUUUCAAUCACCAUUCCUCCUUCCAAUUCCACCAGAUAGACAACAUCACUUUCAAUCACCAUUCCUCCUUCCAAUUCCACCAGAUAGACAACAUCACUUUCAAUCACCAUUCCUCCUUCCAAUUCCACCAGAUAGCAAACGUCACUUUCAAUCACCAUUCCUCCUUCCAAUUCCACCAGAUAGACAACAUCACUUUCAAUCACCAUUCCUCCUUCCAAUUCCACCAGAUAGCAAACGUCACUUUCAAUCACCAUUCCUCCUUCCAAUUCCACCAGAUAGCAAACGUCACUUUCAAUCACCAUUUUCCUUCCAAUUUGACAACAUCACUUUCAAUCACCAUUCCUCCUUCCAAUUCCACCAGACAAACAUCACUUUCAAUCACCAUUCCUCCUUCCAAUUCCACCAGAUAGAAAACAUCACUUUCAAUCACCAUUCCUCCUUCCAAUUCCACCAGAUAGACAACAUCACUUUCAAUCACCAUUCCUCCUUCCAAUUCCACCAGAUAGACAACAUCACUUUCAAUCACCAUUCCUCCUUCCAAUUCCACCAGAGAAACAUCACUUUCAAUCACCAUUCUCCUUUCAAUUCACCAGAUAGACAAUUCACUUUCAAUCUCCACCUUCCUCCUUUCCACCAGAUAGACAACAUAGACAACAUCACUUUCAAUCUGUUCCUCAUUCCUCCUUCAUUCAAUUCCAUUCCCUCGAUUUCCAACAGAUCAAGCGUCACCAUUCCUCUACCUUCUCCUUCCCAAUUCCAGAAUGAACAACAUCACAUCAUUCUCUUCAAUUCCACCAUUCCUCCUUUCAAAUUUCCUCCACCAGAUAGACAACAUCACUUUCAAUCACCAUUCCUCUUCCAGUUCCACCAGAUAGCAAACAUAGACAACAUCACUUUCAAUCACCAUUCCUCCUUCCAAUUCCACCAGAUAGACAACAUCACUUUCAAUCACCAUUCCUUCCAAUUCCACCAGAUAGACAACAUCACUUUCAAUCACCAUUCCUCCUUCCAAUUCCACCAGAUAGACAACAUCACUUUCAAUCACCAUUCCUCCUUCCAAUUCCACCAGAUAGACAACAUCACUUUCAAUCACCAUUCCUCCUUCCAAUUCCACCAGAUAGACAACAUCACUUUCAAUCACCAUUCCUCCUUCCAAUUCCACCAGAUAGACAACAUCACUUUCAAACCAUUCCUCCUUCCAAUUCCACCAGAUAGACAACAUCACUUUCAAUCACCAUUCCUCCUUCCAAUUCCACCAGAUAGCAAACACAACAUCACUUUCAAUCACCAUUCCUCCUUCCAAUUCCACCAGAUAGACAACAUCACUUUCAAUCACCAUUCCUCCUUCCAAUUCCACCAGAUAGACAACAUCACUUUCAUUCACCAUUCCUCCUUCCAAUUCCACCAGAUAGACAACAUCACUUUCAAUCACCAUUCCUCCUUCCAAUUCCACCAGAUAGACAACAUCACUUUCAAUCACCAUUCCUCCUUCCAAUUCCACCAGAUAGACAACAUCACUUCAAUCACCAUUCCUCCUUCACCACUCCUCCUUCCAAUUCCACCAGAUAGACAACAUCACUUUCAAUCACCAUUCCUCCUUCCAAUUCCACCAGAUAGAGAACAUCACUUUCAAUCACCAUUCCUCCUUCCAAUUCCACCAGAUAGCAAACAUAGACAACAUCACUUUCAAUCACCAUUCCUCCUUCCAAUUCCACCAGAUAGACAACAUCACUUUCAAUCACCAUUCCUCCUUCCAAUUCCACCAGAUAGUAAACAUCACUUUCAAUCACCAUUUCUCUUCCAAUUCCACCAGAUAGACAACAUCACUUUCAAUCACCAUUCCUCCUUCCAAUUCCACCAGGAACAACAUCACUUUCAACAUCACUUUCAAUCCACCCAAAACGUCGCUUUCAAUCCUGCAUUCCUCCUUCCAAUUCCACCAGAUAGACAACAUCACUUUCAAUCACCAUUCCUCCUACCAAUUCCACCAGAUAGACAAUCACCACAAUUCCACCAGGGAGACAAUCAUCAUUCCUUUCUCUUCCAAUUCCCAUUCGACCAGAUAGCAAACAUCACUUUCAAUCACCAUUCCUCCUUCCAAUUCCACCAGAUAGACAACAUCACCAUUUCUCCUUUUCAAUCACCAUUCCUCUUCCAAUUCCACCAGAUAGAGAACAUCAUUCCUUUCCAUUCCACCAAUCACCACUUUUCCUCCUUCCAAUUCCACCAGAUAGACAACAUCACUUUCAAUCACCAUUCCUCCUUCCAAUUCCACCAGAUAGAACAUCCUUUCAAUACCAUUCCUCCUUCUAAUUCACCAGGAUUCCUUCCAAUUCCACCAGAUAGACAACAUCACUUUCAAUCACCAUUCCUCUUCUUACCAGAUAGACAACAUCAAAUCACCAUCCUCCUUCCAAUUCCACCAGAUAGAAACAUCACUUUCAAUCACCAUUCCUCCUUCCAAUUCCACCAGAUAGACAACAUCACUUUCAAUCACCAUUCCUCCUUCCAAUUCCACCAGAUAGAGAACAUCACUUUCAAUCACCAUUCCUCCUUCAAUUCCACCAGAUAG